GCCCUUUUUAAGAGAAAAGCCAGGAACAGUGGAAAGAGCUUUUGUACAGUCUCCCUGUUGUGAAGAAGUGGAAAUCUGUGAGCUGUCAUUUCAAAACAAACAUGAGUGAGAGACAAGGUACUGGAGCAACAAAUGGAAAAGACAAGACAUCUGGUGAGAAUGAUGGACAGAAGAAAGUUCAAGAGGAUUUUGACAUAGACAUGGACGCACCAGAGACAGAACGGGCUGCAGUGGCGAUACAGUCUCAGUUCAGAAAAUUCCAGAAGAAAAAGGCAGGAUCCCAGUCUUAGUAGCUACCUUGUAGUUUAAAGUGGUAGUUCUGAGGUGAUCUGUCAGGAAAUUAAUAAAUAAAACUAAGAUGCAUGUACAGAA